UUUAAUGCAGACCAUAUCUGUUAUUCGCAGUGCAGAAUAUUUCGAAUACUUUAAUGGAAUAAAUUAUAGAUGCGUAGGGUGGGACAUGAUAUAUUUGCUACCUUCUGCAAAACCACUUCAUCCAGAGUGGGCGUUGGCGAUAACAUUGUGUUCAGCUCCAUCAUGGAGGACACGCACACAUCUGCAGAGCGGGAUUUGUUUCGAGGAUGCAGUCCAGUUCAGCAGGAAAGAUCAGAAGACUCCAGCUGUGUGUCUGUGAAGAGUGACGCGUCUCUGGAUCGACCCAUACAGUUUAAGGAUGGAGAUGCACAGCCUAAUCUCCAUCAAGUUCAUCAGAAGGGAUCAGAAGCAGAGCCCAGCUGUGUGUCUAUGAGGAGUGACGCUUCAAUGACUCAGCCAAUACGUUUUAACAGUGUUGAAACACUACGUGAUCUCAGAGAUGAUCAGACUGCAGACCUGCAGCAGAAUUCAAUCCAACCAGUAGAUGAUGUACUACAGAAGGUCAAAGAACAGCACAAAACCACCAUGAAGAGAAAAUAUGAUAGCUUAUACGAGGGGAUUAAAGUUCAAAAGAAUAAAACCCUCCUGAACAGGAUCUACACAAAGCUCUACAUCAUAGAAGAAGAGAGUGAAGGAGUGAAUGAAGAAUAUGAGUUUUUAAAGAUGGAGAAAACUGCCACAACAAAACACACAAAAGACACUCCAAUCGACUGCAAUGACAUCUUUAAGGUCUUGACCCAACCAGGAUGUGAGGAAAAACCUAAAAUAAAGACUGUUCUCACUAAAGGCAUCGCUGGAAUCGAGAAAACCGUCUCUGUGCAGAAGUUCAUUCUGGACUGGGCCGAGGGAAAAGACAAUCAGGAUGUAGAUUUCAUGUUUGUGCUUCCAUUUCGAGAGCUGAACUUGAUCAGAGAUCAUCAGUACAGUCUUCACAGACUUCUGCUGGACUUUCAUCCUGAACUUGAAGAUCUGGAGCCCAAGAUUUAUGAGCAGUGUAGAGUUGUGUUCAUCUUUGAUGGUCUGGAUGAAAGCAGAAUCACACUCAACUUUUCAGAUGAGGAGAAAGUUUGUGCUGUGACUGAAUCUUCAUCAGUGGCUGUGUUGAUGUGGAGCCUCCUGAAAGGAGAUCUGCUUCCCUCUGCUCUCAUCUGGAUCACCUCCAGACCAGCAGCAGCCCAUCAGAUCCCCUCCAGAUACAUCAACCGUCUGACAGAAAUUCAGGGAUUCACUGAGCCUCAGAAGGAGGAAUAUUUCAGGAAGAGAAUCAGCGACGAGCAUCAAGCCAGCAGAAUCAUCUCCCACAUCAGAAGAGCAAGAAGCCUCCAGAUCAUGUGCCACAUACCCGUCUUCUGCUGGAUCUCCUCCACUGUGCUUCAGAAGCUCCUGGAAGAAGAUCUGAGUGCAGAAAUCCCUCAAACUCUGACUGAGAUGUACAUCCACUUCCUGCUGAUUCAGAUCAACAUGAGGAAUCAGAAGUAUGAAGAGAGAGAUCCAGAGAAACUCCUGCAGUCCAGCAGAGGAGUGAUCCUCAAACUUGCUGAAGUUGCUUUCAGACAGCUGAUGAAGGGCAAUGUGAUGUUCUAUGAGGAGGACCUGAUUGAGAGCGGCAUAGACGUCACUGACGCCUCAGUGUAUUCUGGGAUCUGCACUGAGAUCUUCAAGGAGGAACCUGUGAUUCAUCAGAGGAAAGUCUACAGCUUCAUCCAUCUCAGCUUUCAGGAGUUUCUGGCUGCUUUCUUUGUGUUUUACUGUUGUUUAAUGAAGAACAUAGAGACCAUGCAGCUCCUUCUGGGGGAGAAAUAUGAGAGGUACAGAUCUAAGAAAACCUCUUUGUAUAAGCUACUAACAUCAGCAGUUGAUAAAACCAUUGAGAGUGAGAAUGGUCAUCUGGAUCUUCUCCUGAGAUUUCUUCUGGGCAUCUCAAUGGAGUGCAAUCAGAGACUCUUACAGGACCUAAUGCCACACAAAGUAAACAGCUCAGAAAGCAUCAGAGAAACCACACAGUACAUAAAAGACAUGAUCAAAAGAGAUGUCCAUCUCUCAGCUGACAGAUCCAUCAAUCUGUUCCUCUGUGUACUGGAAAUGAAGGAUCAGACUCUGUCCAGAGAGAUUCAGGAGUUUGUGAAAUCUGAUAAACACUUAGAGAAGAAACUCUCUCCUACUCAUUGCUCAGCAAUUACCUACAUUCUUCAGAUGUCUGGGGAGGUGUUGGAUGAGUUCGACCCUAAAAAGUACAACACAUCAGAUGAGGGAAGAAGAAGACUGAUACCAGCUGUGAUCAAAUUCAGAAAAGCUCUGUGA